CAGAGAGUAGAACGGUACUAGUUGGUAUAUUGUACUGUACCUGGCUCAUAGCAAACAGACGUUACACUGUGUGUUCACUAGUCAGUUUAACCCAGUCUAACAUAGGACGUAUAUUUAGUUGUGAAUCAAUAGCUCGGAAGCUUCUACAUUAUGUAAGAGAAAGUAUAUUAUAUAAUACGUUGAAAAUCAACGUCCGCUUGCUUUGUAGGUUUAUGAGAAGAUUCAAUAGCCAAUUUUUGUGCGAUUAUUGUACACAAAUAUCACUAUAAAAGUACACAGAUUUCGGAAACAGUAGUGAUACGGUGAGAAAAAAUGGCUAAAAUAUUUGUUCAAAAGUCGACUGCUGUGUUCAGUAUCGCAGUGUUGGUCUUGAUGAUGUUGUGUGUGGGUUUAUUAGUAGCACUGAUGAAAGGAAAGGCACACCACGAAAAGUCCCUAGCAGACAAGAUUGUGUCCGGACCUUCUUUCAAUACAAUUAACAAGAACGUUCACACCAAGUCGACCACAACGACCACAACUACAACUGAGAAGCAGGAGAUGACGACCACCGAAAUCCCAGAACCGUGGCACGACUUCAGACUUCCACAACAUAUUAGACCACUCCAUUAUGACCUAAUGCUACACCCAGACUUGAAAGCAAAUGUUUUUAACGGUAGGGUAACAAUUGAAGUAGAACUAACCAAACCAACUAAUUAUUUCAUAGUCCAUAUUUACAAGCUGAACGUCACAAAAUCUGUGGUACAGAAGAAAAGCGACAAAACCGAGAUUAACAUCGCCGACUCUCCCUUUUAUUACGAUCCCAACGAGUUUUGGGUAGUGAAAACCGAACGAGAUCUAAGCCCAAACGAAAAUUAUAUUUUGGUGUUUGAAUUUCAGGGAUCUUUGAUUGGCGAAAUCGUGGGUUUUUACAAGAGCAAGUACAAAGAGUCCAGACAAAAUCAGACCAGGUACCUUGCAACAUCAAAGUUUCAGCCAACCUACGCCAGAAGGGCUUUCCCGUGUUUUGACGAACCGAAUUUUAAAUCCACAUUUACGGUCACUUUAGUGCACGACCCUCAAUACCACACAGCGUUGUCCAACAUGCCACUACAGAGCCAACAUCCAAGAAAUGACGGGCUGAUGGUCACAACGUUUGAGAAAUCAGUUGAAAUGGUUACGUAUUUAGCAUGCUUCAUCGUGUCUGAUUUUGGCUAUAAAGAGUCUUCCACAGCGAAGAAUAAGCCGUUUCGUGUAUACGCCACCCCUGACCAAGUAGAGAAAACUAAAUACGCCUUAGACGUUGGUGUUAGAAUUCUAAAUCAUUACGAGGACUACUUUCAAUUGGAUUAUCCUCUACCGAAACAAGAUAUGGUUGCUAUUCCUGACUUUGUCUCUGGAGCGAUGGAACACUGGGGAGUGAUUACUUUCAGGGAGACAAAUCUGCUCUAUGACCCUCAUGUGUCUAGCCCCCAGAACAAACAACGGAUAGUAGCUGUAAUAGCACACGAGAUGGCGCACAUGUGGUUCGGUAACUUAGUAACCAUGAAGUGGUGGGACGACCUGUGGCUAAACGAAGGGUUUGCUAGCUACAUAGAAUACAAGGGUAUGAAACAUGUAGAGCCAACAUGGGACAUAGAGGAUCAGUUCAUAACCAUUGAUCUUCAGCCAGUGAUGCAUCUGGAUGCAACUCUAAGUUCUCAUCCCAUUGUCCAAAUUGUUAACCACCCUGAUGAGAUAACAGAAAUAUUUGAUACCAUUUCAUACAGCAAGGGAGCAUCAGUUCUUCGCAUGCUGGAAUAUUUUGUUGGAAAAGAACCUUUCAGGAAGGGUGUCACUAUGUUUCUUACAAAAUAUCAGUAUGAUAAUGCCCGUACCAAUGACUUGUGGAAAGAGCUGACAGAAGCGACAUCUGGUACCCUUCCAGUAGAUUACAACAUGCAAGAAUCAUGGACACGUGGACUAAGCAUGGGUUACCCAUACAUCACCGUCAGGCGUAGUCCUGUGAACAGGAAUCGUGUGAAAAUCAGACAGCAGCGCUACCUGAUGGAUCCCGAGGCAGCAGAAGAGCAUAAAAGCGAUUCGCCUUACGGUUACGUAUGGGAUGUGCCAUUGAGCUACGUAACUUCAAAAGGAGACACAAAACUUAUUUGGAUUCACAACUCUUCAUCUGUAGAGAUUGAAAUUCCUGAUCUCGGAGAGGACGAGUGGCUAAAAUUUAACGAAAAACAGACUGGAUAUUACUUGGUGGACUACGAUAGGUCAGACUGGAAGAAGUUCACUGACCUAUUAAACAAAAACCACGAAACCCUGUUUCCGGCAGAUAGAUCCAACUUACUGUUUGAUGCUUCGAUGCUGGCCAAAGCUAACCUCUUGGAUUAUGAUGUCAUGCUGGCUAUGACAGAAUACCUCUUGAAAGAACGUCAUCUGAUUCCGUGGGAGACGAGCUAUGAGAUUUUGGUGUUUCUGGCCCAGAUGUUAGAACUAACAGAGACGAACACGCUGAUGAUGAAAUAUAUCACAUAUCUGACUGAACCUGUUUACAAAGAUCUUGGAUGGCAAAAACUGGACUCAGAUAACCAUAUAAAUGAGCUUCUCCGAACGACGAUCAUUGGACUGGCCUGUUACAGUGGAAAUAGAGUGUGUAUUAAAGAGGCAGUUACAAGAUUAAGAAAUUGGAUGGAUGGUGAGGAAAUUCCAACUAACUUACGAUCCCUUGUCUAUCGCUAUGGGAUGUCUGAAGUUGGAAGGGAGAAGGAAUGGAAUUUCAUGUGGAACAGAUACCUAGUGGAACAGUCAGCUCAGGAAAGAACCAAACUUUUGUAUGGGCUAGCACAUGUGAGGGAACCCUCUUUGAUUCAAAGAUAUCUGACUUACGCUAUGGACGAAUCCAUGAUUCGUCGUCAGGAUUUCUUUACAGUAUUGGGGUAUAUUGCUGGAAACCCAGUGGGCAGAUCAAAAGUCUGGAGUUUCAUACGUUUCAAUUGGUCAAAACUAGUGGAAAGGUUCACUUUGAACAACAGAUAUUUAGGAAGAGUGGUGAAGAAGAUCUGUGACUACUUUACAACGGAGUUCGAAUUACAUGAAAUGAAGCUCUUUUUUGAUAUGUAUCCUGAAGCUGGAGCUGGAACAAGAGCCAGAAAGCAGGCAUUAGAAAAUGUACAGAAUAACAUAAAAUGGUUGAAAAAUCACCAAAAAGCGGUUCACGAUUUUCUUGAAGGAAAAUUAUUCAAGAAAGCAUGGGAAAACCUCCGCCUUCCUCAAUAUAUUCGUCCCUUGAAUUAUGACUUAACUCUUCAUCCGAACUUAACAACUGACACUUUUACCGGCAGAGUAACCAUUGCCGUUGAAGUCUUGGAGCCUACAAGAGUCUUUCUAGUGCACGUUAAUAAUCUUAACAUACUUUCAACAACAGUGAAAAAAGCGGACAAAAGUGUUGUAUUGAUUCGGGAACCAUUCUAUUACAAACCGAACCAGUUUUGGGUUAUCCAGACUAACGAAGAGCUCCACGGAAACCAAAAGUAUUUUCUUGAAUUCGAAUUUCAUGGUUCGCUUGUUGGUAGUCUUGUUGGUUUUUACAAAAGUGUUUACACAGACAGUGAAACAAAUCAAACAAGGUAUAUUGCUACAUCACAAUUCCAGUCAACGUAUGCUAGGCGAGCAUUUCCCUGCUUUGAUGAGCCUGGAUUCAAAACAGAAUUUAGUGUUACGUUGGUUCAUGAGCCAACUUUCUUAGCCUUGUCGAAUAUGCCAGCUAAGGAAACGUUUGACAUUUCAAAUGGUCUUCAAGCAACUACCUUUGAGAAAUCUAAGAAAAUGGUGACUUAUCUUUUGUGUGUCGUUGUUUGUGACUAUAAAUAUAAAGAGGCAACAACAGAAGGAGGUAUAAAGAUAAGGGUUCUCGCACCACCAGACAAAUACAACAAAACGGACUACUCCUUAAAAGCUGGAGCAAAGAUACUGACGUUUUUCGAAAAAUACUACAACAUAAGUUAUCCAUUGCCAAAACUCGAUAUGAUAGCUAUUCCCGAUUUCCGAGCUGGAGCCAUGGAGAACUGGGGUUUAAUAACGUACCGAGAAGGCUACCUGCUGUACGAUGAGCGUGAGUCGUCUUCCUACGACAAACUUAGAAUUGUUGUCACUGUUGCUCACGAGCUGGCUCACAUGUGGUUCGGUAAUUUGGUGACUAUGAAAUGGUGGACAGACUUGUGGCUAAAUGAAGGAUUUGCGUCGUACGUUCAAUUUAAAGGAAUGGAAGUAGUUGAACCAUCGUGGGAUGUUAUGGAUCAGUUCUUAGAUGAAGUUUUGACGAGAGUAGUGGAAAGUGACGGAACCAUCACAUCUCAUCCUAUUGUUCAGCCCGUUGACCAUCCAGAUGAAAUUAGCGAGCUUUUUGAUGCAAUUUCCUAUUAUAAGGGAUCUUCAGUUCUUCGAAUGCUAGAAUUUCUGAUGGGUGAAGAAGACUUCAGGAUUGGGGUUUCGACCUAUCUAAAGAAGUAUGCUUAUAGUAAUGCGGAAACGGAGGAUCUCUGGAGGGAACUCACCACGAUUUCUUCAAAGAAACUAAAUAUCUCGAGGAUAAUGAACACGUGGACCAGGCAAAUGGGGUAUCCAUACAUAAACGUCACUCGAGAUACGACCGAUCCACAUAUUUUUGUCGUUCAACAACAAAGGUUUCUAACAGAUCCAGACAGUGUUGAAGAUGACAUCAGUGUUUACAAUAAUAGCUACAUGUGGGAGAUACCGCUCAGUUACCGAACAAGUGGAGGUGGAGAUAUCCAAACCUACUGGUUAAGUUCAAGCCAACCAGAAAAGAUUGUUCUCGAUCUUCUUAAGCCUGAGGACACCUGGGUGAAAUUUAACGUUAAUAAUACAGGAUACUAUGUCGUUAAUUAUGACGCCAAUGAGUGGCAAAGAUUCAUUCAGUUACUGGAAACCAACCAUGAAGAAAUUGGGCCAUCUGAUCGAGCAAAUCUUAUCAAUGAUGCUUUCCUAUUGGCUCGAGCGGGUUACCUUAGCUAUGAAACAGCACUUGAUUUGUCUUUAUAUCUGAAAAAUGAGCGCCACCUUGUGCCAUGGAGUAUUGCACAAACAGCACUUACCUACAUUACAAAUAUACUGGAAGAUACGGAAGUUUCCAAAGCCUUAAAGGAAUUCAUUUCCAGCCUUACGGAAAAUGUAAUGAGAGAGCUUGGAUGGGAGGAUGUAGGAGGACAUUUGGAGAGACGAACAAGGAUCUCUGUGAUCAGUCUUGCUUGCUCAAGUGGAAACGAGUUGUGUUUAAGGCAAGCUGUAGAACGUCUGGAACAAUGGAGAAAGGACCCUUUAACCCACAAGAUCCCUUCAAACUUGAGAUCUCUAGUCUAUCGCUUUGGAAUGAAAUAUGGAGGAACUGAAGAAACGUGGAACUUCAUGUGGAAACAGUACACUCUGGAAACGUCUUCACAAGAGCAGAGAAAGUUACUUUACGGUCUCAGCUGCACAACAAAUCAUAAACUUCUUAAGAGGUUAAUGGAGUAUGGUAAAGAUGAAAAUAAAGUUCGUAGUCAAGACUUUUUUAUGUUCUUAAAUUUCAUCGUUCAAAACCCUCUUGGUCGACCUAUGGUAUGGAAGUUUUAUAGAGAAGAAUGGAAGUAUCUUGUAAACAG